GAUGCGUCAGCUUAAAUGGCAUUCAAAGGGAAGGUUGCCGACACAAAGACAGUCCUCCUUCAUUUGGGACUUUGCUUGCUUAUUUUUUACACCCUGUACUACAUGAUCGGCAGCGUCUGUUUUGGCGCAUUCAGGCUAGACCAUUUUGAUGGACUUAUUCCUUUUGACUUCAAGACUGAGCCUACAGAAUCCAACUCUAAAUAUCUAGUGAACCUGCUGUCAAUGGAGCUCACCUACUUCUGCAGCGGUCUGCUCUUCGCAGCGGUGGUGAAGAGAUGGGUGUGGGACUAUGCCCUCACGGUCACCCUCUUCCACGUGUUACUCACGUCCACUGUGAUGCUGGAGUUCCCUUUGGUGUGGCAGUGGUGGUUGGCCUUGGGUAGCGGCUUGUUCCUCAUGAUCUGCAACGGUCAGCUGAUCGCUUACUUCGCCUGCCAGAAUGACCCAAGCUACCCCACGCUCCACAGCUACUGAUCCGCAUGGGAGAAACCCACAUGAUCGGAAAAAUCGCCUUCUCAUGUCCUCAGUAACACCCCAGCAAUGGCGGCACUGGUGAGGGACAAAGAGCAAGCUAAGGAGUACACAGAGAUGGCACCUCGGGUCAGUUACAACAGCUUCACAGUCCUGAUUAUCCAAAGUGAUGAAACAAAAUUAAUAAGGGAGAGGUGAUGGUCAAUGCCAGACAUGUAAGGCCCUUUUCUUUUCAAGUCACAAUGCACCAGCAGAGUCCACUGUUCAAGUCCCUAGAGUUCACUACCUUGCUAAUUCAGUUAUUUUUUGCAGCAGUGUGCAGUUGCAUAACAAUUACAACAUGCCACUGAUUUUUGUUGACUACAUCGUGCAGUACAUAGAAUACAUUAACAAACUAUUGCUAGCCAGUGAACACAGCUGUAGAAAAAAGGCACAGAACUAUGUAAAUUGGUCAAAUAUCUGUAUCUGUAGAUUCAGCAAUAUAUUCGUGAUUCGCACAAGGCUCUGUGUAUAUGCCAUCGUCUAAAUAUACUGACCUAUGAUGGAGGGUGGUAAUUGUUCAAACUUGAGCUGCAAUCAACUGCAUGUCCAGGAGCUUGGCUGAAAUCUGUCUGCCGGUACUCUGCUAUGAUCUGAUUACAGAAGCAGAGAAUGACAGGGGUCAAAAACUAAGCAAUGAAGGAAAUUCGAAUUAGUCUUGAGUGGACAUGUGUCCGCUGCAGUGAGGAACAGAGGAGCAGCCUGGGACAAAACCGCAGUGGAUGGGUUCCGGAACAGUGUUCAGGCCACAAAGACAAAAGCAGUGGUGUAGUGGUUAAGGAGUGAGCUUUGUCACCUAGUGGGUGUUGUGGGUUCAAAUCCAAGGUGGCGGGCUGCAGUGAA